GCGCGAUGGCGGCUGCGGCUGUGUCCGAGUCCUGGCCAGAGCUGGAGCUGGCGGAGCGGGAGCGGCGGCGGGAGCUGCUGCUGACCGGGCCGGCACUGGAGGAGCGGGUGCGGGCGGCCGGCGGGCGGCUCCCGCCACGGGUCUUCACCCUGCCGCUGCUGCACUACCUGGAAGUGAGCGGCUGCGGGAGCCUGCGCGCGCCGGGCCCGGGCCUGGCGCAGGGCCUGCCGCAGCUGCACAGCCUCGUGCUCCGGCGCAACGCCCUGGGCCCCGGCCUGAACCCCGAGCUCGGGCCGCUGCCCGCCUUGCGGGUGCUCGACCUCUCGGGGAACGCGCUGGAGGCGCUGCCGCCCGGCCAGGGCCUGGGCCCCGCCGAGCCGCCCGGCCUCCCUCAGCUGCAGAGCCUCAACCUCAGCGGCAACCGGCUGCGCGAGCUGCCCGCAGACCUGGCUCGCUGCGCCCCGCGCCUGCAGAGCCUCAACCUCAGCGGCAACUGCCUGGACUCCUUCCCCGCCGCGCUCUUCAGCCCUGGUGCGCUGCCCCUGCUCAGCGAACUGGCGGCUGCUGACAACUGCCUCCGAGAGCUCAGCCCCGACAUCGCCCACCUGGCCUCCCUCAAGACGUUAGACCUCUCCAAUAACCAGUUGAGCGAGAUCCCUGCUGAACUCGCCGACUGCCCCAAGCUCAAGGAGAUCAACUUCCGUGGAAACAAGCUGCGGGACAAGCGGCUGGAGAAAAUGCUGGGCGGUUGCCCCACGCGCUCCAUCCUGGAGUACCUGCGCGCUGGGGGCCGGGGCUGCGGAAAGGGCAGGGCCCGGGCAGAAGGCUCAGAAAAGGACGAGGGCCGCAAGAAGCGGCGAGAGAGGAAGCCCCGCAGGGACGGUGGCGAGGGGCCAGAGCAGGAGGCUGGGGCCCUGGGCCGGCUGCUGCUGCGGGUCCUGCACGUCUCUGAAAACCCCGCACCCCUGACAAUCCGGGUGAGCCCCGAGGUCAGAGACGUGCGGCCCUACAUCGUGGGGGCCGUUGUGCGAGGCAUGGACCUGCAGCCCGGGAACGCACUCAAGCGGUUCCUCGCAGCACAGACCAAGCUCCACGAAGACCUCUGUGAGAAGCGUACGGCGGCCACCAUGGCAACCCAUGACCUGCAUGCGGUCAGAGGUCCCCUGCUGUACGGAGCCCGGCCCCCACAGGACCUCAAGAUCGUCCCCCUGGGGCGGAGAGAAGCCAAGGCCAAGGAGCUGGUGCGGCAGCUGCAGCAGGAGGCCGAGGAGCAGCGGAAGCAGAAGAAGAGGCAGAGCGUCUCGGGCCUGCACAGAUACCUUCACUUACUGGAUGGAAAAGAAAAUUACCCUUGCCUUGUGGAUGCAGACGGUGAUGUGAUUUCUUUCCCACCAAUAACAAACAGCGAGAAGACAAAGAUUAAGAAAACAACUUCUGAUUUGUUCCUGGAGGUGACGAGUGCUACCAGCCUGCAGAUAUGCAAAGACGUCAUGGAUGCCCUCGUUCUGAAAAUGGCAGAACUGAACAGAUGUACUUUAGAAAGUAAAGAGGAAGGAUCGCUCUCAGAUACUGAAGCUGAUGCAAUUUCUGGACAACUUUUGGAUCCUAAAACGAAUCCAAGUGCUGGGAAGGAAGGGCAGCCCCUGCUGGUGGUGGAGCAGGUCCGGGUGGUGGACCUGGAGGGGACCUUGAAGGUGGUGUACCCAUCCAAGGCCGACCUGGCCACCUCCACCCCCGACGUGACUGUCAUCCGCUGACGAGCCUAGAGGACCUUUGUCGGGCAGCUCUGCUGUGCCUGACCCUCCUUUGGGUCACGGAGGUUUCUCUGGCGAUACUAGUCAUCACUUUCUCACCUCAGCGUUUUUUAUGUGUGUUCCUUGUCCUGUUCCUCCAGAUGAUUCUGUUGUAAAGUGAUGCUGUGCUGUCAUUGCAAUACCAAACUGAUUUUACUGUUUUUCAUGAAACCCAUCAUCCGAAUGUCAGAAUUAACUGUCGAGACCGUUGUGAAUCGCGUAGGCACACAGCAGCAACACUCCUUCAGGAAGAAACCACCCUGCGCUGGCGCCCCCGACGUCGUUUCUGUUGAUGGCAGGCUGCUGGGCCGGGCUGUGCGUCAGGUGGUAGCAGAGCAUCCUGUGUGUGCAGACCUGGUGCGUGGCCCUCGCUGUUGGCAGUGAAGAUUACGUGGGGGACAUGGCUGGUGGUCACACUGGUGCUGGACAUUGGCUUUUCCACAUGAAAAACUGUAUGACUAUAAUACACCGUCAGGGUUUGAAUAAGUACACACUGCGACUCUGACAAGACGAUGAAAUCACCUCAUGACGCCUUUCUGAGCACCAUGUGACUGAUCGGUCUGAAUGUCCAGCUACACGUCAUGAAGCUGGCGGCGUGACCUUUUGUGAACUGCAUAAAAGGAAAAAUCAUCUUCCUAUGAUGUAGCAUCUUUUUAGAGCACAUUGUCCAGUGUGCAGCCUGGAAUGGGUUUUCCAGCUUGCAGUGAUGAUAAUCUUUCUACAAAAAACUUUCUAGUUUGACCUUAGAUCUGGCAGAAUUACUUUCUUAACGCUGCUGUGGGAAUGCUUUUGCGGGAGCAGAGACAUUUUGAACCCCCAGGCACUGCUGUGGUGCUGCCGGGCCGAGCAGGGAGGGAACUAGCAGUGGCUUUUAAUCCUGACCACGGUAAUAGCAGUGAGGAGCAGAGGCCCUUGUCUAGGGUCUGCAUGAGUUCUCAAGAGUGGACAGCCAGCUCUGUUGGCAAGCCAUUAGCAGUUGCUAGCCAGCCAGGGACAGGUAGUGGCGGUGACUAGAGGACCUGUAGAUUUUUAAGCCAAAAAUCCUGAAGCGUGCAUGUCAGGGGGCUGGUUCUUCAGCAUUUUGUUUGAGGUGUUUCCAGUUUUGACUGCCUUUGUGCCUGGCCACAUGUGCACACACCCCUCCCUGGAGAGAAGUAUGUGCUUGGGUAGAAGGGACCCGGCCAGGGCGGUGCCUGUGCUCAGUGGGUAGGGCACCAGCCCCAUCAACCAAGGGUGGCAAGUUCAAACCCAGCCCCAGCCAGCUAAAAAACAAGUGACAACUGCAACAACCAAAAAAUAAAAAAAGCCAGGUGCUGUGGCAGGUGCCUUUAGUCCCAGCUACUCGGGAGGCUGAGGCAAGAGAAUCACUUAAGCCCAAGAGUUGGAGGUUGCUGUGAGCUGUGACACGGCACUCUACCAAGGGCAACAAAAUGAGACUGUCUCAAAAAAAAAGGACCCAGCCAGCCAGAGGAGGUGGCUUUCAUAGCCCCCCUGCCUUACCGUCUGGCUGCAGCAUAACACUGACUCUUCUGCUCUCUUUGUUAACACCAUUUGUUUUCUGUUCAGUGGUCUCUGACCUAAAGUGACAACUUUUGCAUUGUGUAGAAAUGUCUGAGGGUGUCCUGAAGCUUUGCAAGAGCCCUGUUGGCCCUGUACUGUCACCAGACCAGAGGACUAAAUCCCCAGGUGGUUUGUCCAGAGCCUUUUAAGACCCCGCCCAUCAUCUGGUCACCACCAGGCCUUCCAUGGGUCCCACUGCAGGUAGGGGCUCCAGACGUUACCAAACAGCUUGUCCUUGUUUUGUUUCCCCUUAAACCCACCAAAUAAAUGUGUGCAGGUGUCAGUGGUCCUGGCUUGUCAUUUCAUGAUGCUGUUGGGCAGUCACAGCCACUGAUGCUGCAGUGGGCCUGGGGUCCUGCUGGGAGCCUUGAGCAGCUUCCCCCGGCUGGGACUCUGCCCAGGCUCUGGCCUGGGAGCCAUAAAUAAUUGCUGGGGGAGGUCAUCCUUUCUCAGAGAGGGAGGAUUGAGCUGCCUCUUGGUGCCUCCAGCUAGAAGGGCUCAGCAGCCCCCGUGCAGCAGAUGUCACCGGUGCUGCUGACAGCUGCCGGAGGUGUCAGGUAUAGUCACCUUACACAGCUUUAGGUUCUAUCUCUGCCCAUCUGACUCAAUAGUAAAAACACUUAAUAAGAAACAUCUCAAUUCCUUGCCCAGUGGAUCCUUUCCCACCACUGUUUCCAGAGGGCACUGCUGGAAGUGUCAGCAAUCCAUACUAGCCCAGCAGUAGAUUAUGAGUAGAGAAACUGAGGCCUGCCUGGCAGCACUGCCUGCUGUCCCUAUUGCCCUGCCCACAUCUUACCAGCAGGAAGUGAGGGACCUGUCACAGAAGCCAGUGUCUUCAACCAGGGAUCCUGGGAAUGGGCCAGGCCCUCCCCACCCUACUGGGCCCCCUACCGGGAGCACAAAGUGGACACCUGAGAUUGGGGCUCAUGCAGAGCAGCCCUGGCACCCAGCCCAUCCGCCACAAAUCCUGUUCAUGAAUAUGGGAGGGGCAGCCAGGCAGCCCCUUGGUAGAGUCCCGUCCCAUCUCCCCUACCCUCUGGAUGGUGAGGGGCAGGGGGUGGGCUCUGGAUGGGGCCUGGGUUCACUUGUAGAAGUGGCUCAGUAGAGGCUGUGGGCAAGGAGUGCCCAUCCGGUGAGUCUCCCCACGGGGGCUGGAACGGUGUAGUGGCCAAAUCUGGGCAGGCCCCAGUGUCAGCCCCUGCCACCUGCACCUCUCCCCCGCUGACCAGAAUGAUGGCACAUGGAUGUCACCUGCUAGGGCAGACCAGCUGGAGAAAUUCCCAGGACACUCCCACUCCUUUGCAGUAGGGCUAGGGCACCCCUCCUCCCUCUGUCCUCUGCCCUUGCUGGGCUCCUGGCCAGGGCCUCACCAGGCCUUGGGGCUGGAGCUCACAGGAGGCCACAGUGAGACUGCCACGUGUUCAUAGCCCAACCUCCAGCUGCUCCCCUCCUGGGCUUCCAUGCAGGGUGGGCAGUACCCCCAGAGACCAGGGCCAGCUAAAGCAGACUGCCCCAACCCUGUAGCAGCCUCCCAAUGACCACUGCUUGAAGACCACAUCCCAGACCAGGCCUCCUGGCCCCCUGCUUUGGUUCCAGCGAGGGACCUCCUCAGGGCACUGGGAAGACAGGUGUGUGGCCCCAUGUGCCACCUCCUGACCCCAGGCAGACUUGGGUGGGCCAGCUCUCCUGAAAGGUGGUAGGGUGGUACCUCUGUCCCCUGCCUGGCAAAGCCCCUCCAUUUACAUAACUCAAUAGAGUGAGGGGCACUUAGAAGCUCCCCACCUGGGGUGAGCACAGCUUCAGCUUUCUGACACCAGUCUCACCUGGCCUCCCUUUUCCAUGCCUGUGAGGACAGUGGCUGCUCAUGUCUCUCAUCCCCAGCCUUGGGGUGAGGACCACUUCCCCAAGGGGAUGUUCAGGCAGGGGUCCCCAGGGCCUAGGGCAGUCUGCGAUAGGCGAGGGCCAAGUGUGUGCCCAGGAGAGUGUCUGCUGAGAGCACAGAAGUCAGGACAAGUGGCCAAGGAGAUGGGACUGAAGGUCCAGAGCCAGCCAGUGUGGCCAGCCCCAGAGGUCCAGCCGA